AAGGAUGUUGGAAAUCUGCUACGAUGGCUAGGUGCUCCGUCGUGUGAACCGGUGGUUCCUUUUGUCCUGGCCUUCAUUGGUCGUGAAGUUGUGGCUUACUACGUUGACGCGGCGUGUGUCGUUAUGAGGACUGAAGAGAAGAAUUUGUUUCUAAACGAGAUCCACGAAGGGCCACAUUGCCGCAAAAGACGAUAUCUGUCCAUUGCAGGAAGGCAACUGUGGGAGAAACAGAUUCGUCAUUAUGAGGAGGCUCUUCGACGUUGUGUUGGAUGGAGACGUCACCGGGAUUUCCUGUUCGGGUACUAUGACGAAUCGAAGGAGAAGGAAUCGGAGCUGAACGAGGGAGUUCAUAUCAAUGAGGCCUCCCGUAAUGCUUCUUGA